CACACAACUCACAAACUCGAGCCACAAAUUCAUUCGCCACAGAGCUCUCAAGCUCAAGCAGUUCCUAGACUUCUUCCUCUUUCCCCCCAUGGCGAGCUCCAGCACGACCACGACCGGCCUGGAGGCGCGCGACAUGGCGCUGGCCAAGAACACGCCGGAGCAGCUCGCCGAGCACCAGCGCGUGACCCAGGGCAAGGUGCGCACGCGCUUCCCGCCCGAGCCGAACGGAUAUCUGCACGUUGGCCAUGCCAAGUCGAUGAAUAUGAACUUCUUCGAGGCGUUUGAGAAACUAGGCGUGCCGCUGGACAAGCGCGAGACGUACUUCCGUUACGACGACACCAAUCCCGAAGCUGAGAGCAACGAAUACAUCGACGCCAUCGCCAACAAUGUGCACUGGCUGGGAUACACGCCCACUAAGGUCACGUACAGCAGCCAAUACUUCCAGGAAUUGUAUGAACUGGCGCUUAAACUCAUCCGCAAGGGCAAAGCGUACGUUUGCCACCAGAGUAAGCCCGAGAUCGAGGCUUCUCGCGUCGUGUUGCAGCAGUUCCACGCCACGCCCGGUGCCAAGGACGAGAAGGACGUUCCCGAGACCGGCAAGUCCCCGUUCCGCUCGCGCUCGGUAGCUGAGAAUCUGGCCGAAUUCGAGAAGAUGCGUCUCGGUCUGUACGGCGAGGGCGAAGCCUGCCUGCGCAUGAAAAUGGAUCUCGGUAGUCCCAACCCGAACAUGUGGGACCACGUGGCCUACCGCAUCAAGUUCGUGCCCCACCCGCACAUCGGCGACAAGUGGUGCAUCUACCCAACGUACGACUACACGCACUGCAUUGUGGACGCACUGGAGCACAUCGACUACUCUAUCUGCACGCUCGAGUUCGAGACGCGUCGUGAGUCGUACUACUGGCUGCUACAUGAGCUGGAUCUGUUCAAGCCCAACGUGUACGAGUUCGCCCGUCUGUCCAUGACCUACACGGUGCUCAGUAAGCGUAAACUGCUCAAACUCGUCACGUCCAAGACGGUGCGUGGUUGGGACGACCCGCGUAUGGGUACACUUAACGGUCUUCGUCGCCGCGGCUUCACGCCUGAGAUUAUCAAGCAGUUCUGCAAGGACAUCGGAGUUACUCGUGUGCAGUCAACGAUCCAAAUCGAGCGGCUAUACUCUGUGGCUCGCAGUAUCCUCGGCGAGUCCUCGAAGCGUGUGAUGGCUGUGCUUGACCCCGUCGAGCUGGUUAUCGAGAACUUUGGCGACGCACCCGACAAGAACGCACUGUCACUGCGUGUACCGGACUACCCACAAGACGCAGACCGCGACGGCGGCAACGCGUACCACCAGGUGCAGCUCACUCAGAAACUUUACCUUGACCGUAGCGACGUGCGUACAGAGGACUCGAAGGACUUCUACGGCGUGGCGCCCAACAAACAGGUGCGUCUGAAAUACGCCUUCCCGUUCACGUGCACCAAGCUGGAGACGGACGCCAGUGGACGCGUGACGAAGGUGCUGGGCCAGAUGGACUGGACCAACGCAGCCAAGCCCAAGGGCGUGCUGUCGUGGGUGCCGGCCAACAGCCCCAAGGUGGAGGUGCGCGUGUACUCACACCUGUUCACAGUGCCGGAGCUGCCGAGCGACGUCAAGGACUGGGAGUCGUUCGUGGACUCGAAGAACUCGGAGCGCGUGUACGCGUCGGCGCUCGUGGACCCCGAGUCGUACGCCAAGAACCUGGGCGAGAUUGUGCAGUUCGAGCGUAUCGGCUACUUCGUGCCGGACCAGGACUCGACCAAGGACAAGAAGGUGGUCAACCAGAUUGUGGCACUGCGCGAGAGUGGCGGCGAGGCGGCCAGCGGCGCGGCGGCGGGCGCGAACGCGAGUCGCAAGGACGCGCAGAUGCAGCAGCUGGCGCUCAAGAUGGAGAAGAUGAAGCUGUCGCCGGCCGACAUGUUCAAGAAGCAGCCGGAGCUGUACUCGCAGUUCGACGCCGAGGGUCUACCGACGCACAACGCGGCCGGCGAGGAGCUGACCAAGAACCAGCGCAAGAAGCUCAAGAAGGAGCAGGACAAGCAGAAGAAGCUGCACGACGCCUACCUCGCCAAGGAGAAGGCGUAGACGUGCGUAGUAGACCAGUGAACAGCACUAAUGGCGACAAAAAUGUAGCCGUGUCAUCAAAUUUGUUGCAUGAGGAACCGUUGGAACCAGGAGCUGUGUAGUAGCACAGCAACGCGAUGGAUGUCCCUGAAGCAGCGUGGUUUUCAGAAUUCACGUUAGCUUUUAUUGUUUAAGCUUGCUGGGCUUGACUCGCGGCGGAUGUGGGGCGGGGGUUAUUGUAUUGUACAUCUUGGUGGCAUCCUCUUUGCUUCGUUUCACCCACACUCUUGAUAUUAAUUGCUGUUCUCUCUUGGGGAGUUCUAACGUUAAUGGACGUCGCCGCUGCUCAGCGCGAGCUGUCGGGUUGGGGCUGGAAAAUGAUCAGAAGGAUGAGAGCCAUGGCCAUGAUCAAGAUGAGCCCCACUAGAAACUGGAUGCACUGCUUGAAGCUGUCCGCUUCUGCGUCGGCCUCGCUCGCGUUCGCCGGUCUUCGCACGAGAUUGCCAAGUUCCAUCUCUGACUCAGAGCCAGCGUCCGACGCCGAGUUGUAGCAGCACAGUAGUGCUGAUGGGCACGCAGAAGAUUUCUUGCUGUUGGCAGCGCUUUGACUGCGACGUCCGGGGUUUCUUGCGGGUGGCGGUGGUUGUCUGGUCCAUUCAGGGCUCCGGAACCACGGCAAAGGAUAGACUUCCUCCUCAGGUUUGGACAGUAGCGGCGAGCGCUCGUUACGCGUCGUUGUCACCUUCGAUCUGCUCACUUCCACCACCUCCACGUCCGGCGCGGAGGCUCCGGGCGACUCUGCAGCGUCGGCCGCCACCAUGAUAACAAGUCCCAGCGAAUUUCCCGGUAGAAUGUGGUAGUCUGAGUUCGUAACGUUCAAGAACGAGCCAUUCCAUCAUCUAUUUAAGCAGG